AUGGGCUUAAAGUCUCCUCCGACAGGUCCCUGUCUCCUAUGGUUGCCCACGAAAAGUUACAUCGGCCUAUCGGGAGGAGGGGAUAAUUCCGAUGCAGGUAACUGGCCUGUGGUCUGCAGAUUCUACGUUGGGGAUGUUCUUUUUCUCCUUCCGAUAUCCGUCAAUGUCAUUGGAAAUGAUGCGGAAUUCGUGAAGGCUGCUCCAAUAUCAUUCAGAAUGGCCUUGGAGCCUGAUCUGAAAGAAGAGCUUUGCGAUCAGAUUCACGAUUGUGUUAACAAACGUGGCGUGCACCAAGAUUGCGACGUCGGGUGGUUUCGUCAAGAUCUCAAACCAAAACCACCAACGCGCCUCAUAGAUGUUGAUACCAAUGAUUCCAGUAUCGUCCGACUCAUCGUAACCGCCGAGGAUUUGCACAAAGACUUCAUCCCCAGGUAUCUCACGCUCAGCUAUUGUUGGGGCUCUACCAAUGAACACGCCAAAACUACACGAGCAACAAUAGCUGCGCGGCGCGAAGGGAUCGCAGUACAUGACCUCCCGAAGACUAUACAAGAUGCUAUCCAACUGACGCGACUAUUGAAGUUUCGGUAUUUAUGGAUUGAUGCUAUAUGUAUCAUCCAGUCAGAUAUUGACGAUGUGUACCUUGACGAUUGGAAUACAGAAGCACCGCGCAUUGGAGCAUACUACCUACAUUCUAAAUGCCUCAUCUCGGCAUCCGCUGCUUCUGAUAGUAGCCAGGGGCUCUAUGUGGAGCAGAGUGCUCGAAGAUAUCCUCUAAGCACUUGUGCACUAGCUUUCAGCAAUGACAAGCAAGAGUAUAUCUCUCUCUUAGUACCAAGACCAUCGCCUUCAGAAGAUUGGUCCGCUGAGCCACUAAGAUCAAGAGGAUGGUGUCUCCAAGAGGCCGUUCUGUCGCCUCGAAUCCUUCAUUGGUCCAAGCAUGCCCUUAUAUGGCAAUGCAACGGCACAACUAAGAGUCUUGCAUAUGGAAGUGACUUGGACACCGCUCGAGACAUUAGAGCCAGUCAGUCGCAUUUAAGCCUUGCCCAAGAACCUGACAGUGCAAUGGGGGAAGCAUGGACAGAGCUUAUAUCCAGAUACUCCAAGAUGCAUUUCACCUUCGAGACUGAUCGACUUAUCGCAAUUCAAGGCUUGGCUAACCGACUUGUCGACCUUCACGGUGGCGAGUACUUUGCUGGAGUGUUUCAUUCACACCUUGCUGAUGGGUUGCUAUGGAAGAACUCGUAUGACAAAGCUCACAAUGCACUCAAUGGAGUACCAACCUGGUCUUGGGCUACGAGGUGCCUUAAUAUUUGGUUUCUCCCAGUCUCAUAUUAUUUCAUACGGUUCACGAAACCAAAUGUCUUCCCAGACAACCGCAGCCCCAUAAACCUUGACACUCCCGAGAAACGUGCUCUCCGAUUUGAAGCUCCACUGCUGAGCAUUAACCUCGGAAGACCGUUCACGGAAGCUGAUAUUGUUUCAACAGUGAGAAGACCUGUAUUUUCAUGUCACGUCAGGUUCACGGAAGACAGUGAAGACGAAUACGCCGUGAACUUUGAAUACGAUGCCGAAAGCCUGAUGCCUGAAACCAAGAACUACAUCUCAGCAUCUGACCAAUCAGACGGAGCGCAGCAUGCUACCAAGUUCAGUAAGGUCAAUAUCGCCUCGACAAAGUCAGAGGUUCGGUAUAAGUCUGGACUUGCCAUUGGCUAUCUUCUGGUGUUUCGAAUAUCAUCAGUCAUCGUCAUGGUUUCUUACAAACUUCUUACAGUCGCUUUCUGUACGGGAGCGACACUCGCGCUUCCACAAUCCAAAACCGCCAGUGCCCCAACCGCUACCAUCGACAACGGCAUCAUUAUCGGAACUUCAACAUCUAUUCCUGACUCCAAGGUCGAGGUCAACCAGUUCCUAGGUAUCCCAUUCGCCGAAAAACCUAUUCGCUUCAGUGCCCCAAAGCCAGCCAAACCAUGGGAUACUCCCUACAAUGCCACCGUUUACAAGCCCGCUUGUUUUAUGAAGUUCAACUACCCAGAAGAACGACGGAAUCAAACGAUUAAAAUAUUUGCUACCCCUGGGGCACCAGCAGGGACUAGUGAAGACUGCUUGAACUUGAACAUUUAUACCCCUGCAGGUGCAAAAGCUGGUUCAAAACCUGUUGCGUUCUGGAUUCAUGGAGGAAGUUUCAGUCAUGGGUCUGGAUCUUUGCCUUAUUAUGAAGGAUCCAAGAUGGCGGGCUAUGAAGACCUGGUUGUCGUUACUGUCAAUUACAGGACCAACAUCUUUGGAUUUCCUGAAACCUACGAUCUGCCAAAGGGACAGUGGAAUCUUGGCUUCCUUGACCAACGGCUAGCCCUGUCUUGGGUCCAAGACAACAUCGCUACCUUUGGAGGAGACCCCAAGAAAGUCACCAUCUUUGGUGAAAGUGCCGGCGCAGGAAGUGUUGAUGAUCUUCUCACAGCUCCACCAGAUCCCCUCCCUUUCCGUGCAGCUAUUCUACAGUCGGGCUCUGCUUCAACAAACGUCACACCUACCGGCUCUUGGAACACUGCAACCAAGCUAGCUGGCUGUGAAAACGGCGACUUUGAUCAGGUCCUUGAAUGUAUGCGCGAGAUUCCAGCCGCUAAGCUCAAAGAUAUCAUUGAAAGGGGUAUGCUCGAUUUUGCACCUCUCAGCGAUGACGGAGUCACACUAUCAAACUAUCCCCGCGACAUCCGCAUCCAGUCAAAGAGCAAGCCAAAAAUCAUGGCCCGAGUUCCUGUUAUGUUGGGCACAACAGCAGAUGAAGCAAGAAUUCCUCAGUUCAUGGACAUCACCGUAAAAGAUGCCCUGAAAACCUUGGCCCCUGGGAUAAGUGAUUUUCAAGUCUCGCUACUCAAGUUCCUCUACCCCAUCGGAUCUCCCGGAAUCAACAACGAAUUCGAUCAAGUCACUAGAAUUGCCACUGAAAUCGGCAUGCAGUGUCCCAUUCGCUACGUCGCAGAAGACUUCGCUGAGGCAGAUAUCAAGACUUGGCGAUAUAUCUACAAUGCCAGCUUUGCCAAUACUGAGAUCUUCAAGGGCAGUGGAGCAUACCACUCCGCGGAGAUUCCAACUCUCUUUGGGACCUUUCCCGAGAAAGGUGCUACUGAGUUUCAGGAUAAGCUGAGCAGGGAGAUGCAGAAGGCUUGGGGGGAGUUCAUCAGAGGUCCCGAGAAUGGUCCAGGGUGGGGACAAAUUCCUAAGGUCGGUGUCUUUGGAGGGGGUGCGAGACCUGACAUUGCCAAGGAACCAGUCAAGACAUUGGAUGUUAGGAACGCGAACAUCAUUGAGCCAAGAUGCUUGAUAUUCAAGAGCAUAUGGGAGAAGGGCCAGACAAAGGACUAG